AUGAAAGAGCCGAGGGAGCUGUUCCCCGACCGCUUCGAAUACAUCAGCGGGCCGUCGGCUGAGACGGUCAAGACCUUCGCCGAGCAGAGGCCAGAUGUGCGCUGUGACGUCAUCAGCGUUGAUGGAGAUCACAGCACCGAAGGCACACUGGCAGAUUUAGACAACCUCCGGAAGCUUGCAUCGUGCAGGAAUUGGGUCCUGAUGGACGAUGCGGGCUGGAACUCCACAAACUCAGCCUGGCAAAUGGCGAAGGAUCUCGGGAUCCUCACACAGGUAGAGUGCUUUGCCGACAUGAAUCCCAGGCCGGACUACCAGUUCAUGGAGUACCCGGAGAACCGCUCUUGGUGCCUGGGAUUCUUCAACGUCCACGACUUCGAUGACACCUGCCCAGUCUGGUUCGAAGAAAGCCCAAACACCAAGCGGACCUUCGUACGGCCCAUCGAAAUCUGA